AGCAAACAGCAGUGGUUAUCAGAGACAAAUACUGAUAGAGUACAAUACGAGUAAACUGAGAGAGAGAGAGAGAGAGAGAGAGAGAGAGAGCAAAGCGUGCUUUUUAUCUAUUCAGUACUUUGCCUUUAACAGCAAUCAUCACCACCACCACCGCCAUAACCACCGCUAAUAUCCAUUCUCAAUGGCAUUUUUGCUAAUGUGCGGUUGAGAUCCGUUUUUCUGUUUCUCAUUUGUAGUGAUCUUUUCUGUUGAUAUUAUGGGGAGUGUGUCGUCCGAUGAUGGUUCUGAUCAGCAAAGCGAGAGAUGUGGGAGUUACAGUUUGAGUGCUGACGUCAGCGAGUCAGAGAGUUGUAGUAGCUUCUCUUGUCGGCGGUUUGAUGGUGGUGAAGGUGCUUCCAGUUCUAUAACUUCGUCUCCUCGUCCGCCGGGGAAAUCUAGUUUCUCUUUUCAAGGGCCGUUGAUGCUGCCCGUCAUUGGAGGAAAGGAUUUCAUGAUUUGCGAUGUCAAGCCUGAGAAACGGGAAACGGAUUUGUCUGAAGUGGAAAUGAUGAAAGAGAGAUUCGCUAAGCUUCUGUUGGGAGAGGACAUGUCUGGAGGUGGUAAAGGAGUAUGUACUGCUCUUGCUAUUUCAAAUGCUAUCACUAAUCUCUCUGCAACCGUGUUUGGUGAGCUGUGGAGGUUAGAGCCAUUAGCCCCACAAAAGAAGUCAAUGUGGCGCAGAGAGAUGGAGUGGCUCUUAUCUGUGAGUGAUUCAAUUGUUGAGCUUGUUCCUUCAAUACAACAAUUCCCUGGUGGGGGCACAUAUGAAGUCAUGGUACCUCGACCACGGUCAGAUUUAUACAUGAAUCUCCCUGCCCUGAAGAAACUUGAUGCUAUGUUGAUUAGUAUGCUUGAUGGGUUUUGUGACACGGAAUUCUGGUAUGUUGAUCGGGGGAUUAUCUUGGCUGAUGGUGGUGAUUGCGAUGUGUAUCCAUCAAGCAUUGCAAGUGCAAGGCCUUCAAUUAGGCAGGAAGAGAAGUGGUGGUUGCCAUGCCCAAGAGUACCAUCGAAUGGAUUGUCAGAGGAUGCAAGAAAGAGGUUGCAGCAAUGCAGGGAUUGCACAAACCAGAUAUUAAAGGCAGCAAUGGCAAUUAAUAGUAGUGUGCUUGCUGAGAUGGAGAUACCUAGUGCAUACUUGGAAACCUUACCUAAGAGUGGAAAAACUUGCCUGGGAGAUAUCAUUUACCGCUACUUAACUGCUGAGCAGUUCAAGCCGGAAUGUCUUCUUGAUUGCCUAGACCUCUCAACAGAGCAUCAUACACUCGAAGUAGCCAACAGGAUUGAGGCAGCCGUUCAUGUCUGGAAGCAGAAAGAACAGAAAAAGCCCACGAAUAACACAAAAGUUAAGCACUCAUCAUGGGGUGUUAAGGUCAAAGGCCUUGUUGCUGACACCAAAAAGAAUCAUUUUAUGGCCCAUCGAGCUGAGACCCUCUUACAGAGCCUAAGGCUUCGCUUCCCCGGCCUUCCACAGACAGCAUUGGAUAUGAACAAGAUUCAAUAUAACAAGGACGUUGGACAGUCGAUUCUUGAAAGCUACUCGAGAGUAAUGGAAAGCUUGGCCUUCAACAUUAUGGCAAGGAUAGAUGAUGUUCUGUUUGUAGACGAUGCCUCCAAACGAUGUGCUGCAGCAGAAUCAAUGUCCCUAUUCAAUCGGAAUGGGUUGGGUGGUCUUCCUAUUCAGAAGCGGAUGUCACCUAGCCCCUUCUCCAUCCAACACAGCCCAUUCGCCUCUCCAUUUGCAACUCCAACUUUCUGUUCUUCCACUCCAGUGGCUGGAAGCCCAGCUAGAGCACCAUCCUCUCUAAAUAGGAACAACGUGAAGGAAGCAAUCGAUCAGAAGUUAGAGAAACCAUAUGCAGCUGACUUUGAGAAGGUUUGGUCGUACACUGGCAACCUCAGUUCAAGAAGAGUUUCUGGAGAUGCCCCUGAGCGAGAUUGACAUUUGGAGAACUUGACUAUCUCAAGUGAGAGUUAAGAGCCCUGUAGAUGUGAAUGUGAUUAGGAGCCUUGGAUUGUGACUGUCAGGGUCCUAGGGUUGGUAUCUAACUUUGUAUAUUCCUUUAGCUAUAUAUAGAAAGAUCAAGUUCUAAAGUUUUGAUCAUGUGUUUUUGUUUGCACAUUUUAAGUUGUAAUUGAUCAAAGAUUAUGUAUUCCGAUAAAGAAAGUUAUGCUCUCUUCUAUUUUCUA